AUGCUUAAAAUUCCCAUUGCUACUAUUAAAGAGAUUGAGAAGCUUUGUAGAAGUUUCUUGUGGGCGAAUGGUGAAAUAGUCAAAGGGAAAGAUAAAGUCAAGUGGAAUGAUAUUUAUAGGCCUAAAUUGGUGAAAACCAAUUACAUUGGUAACAUGAAUUUUUGGGAUAUUUUGCUGAAGAAGAGUAUGAGCUGGACUUGGAAGAGGUUCCUUGAGGUGAGGAAAAUUGUUAGGCCCCAUGUUGUUUCGUGCAUAGGAAAUGGGAUGAAUACUUCUCUUUGGCAUGAUUGGUGCCACCCAAUUGGUAUAUUAUGUUCUAUUAUAUCUAGAAGAGAUUGGGUUAGCAAUGGGUUUAGUGAUUCUUCCAUGGUCAGUGAAGUUCUAGUUAAUGAUAUCUAUAUAUGGUCGGUUGAGUGGGUUAAUAAAUUCCCUGGAUUGAAGGAUGCUCCCUUGUUUUGCAUUGAGCCUAAUCAGAGGGAUAUCACAGAUUCCCAUGAUCAUCUCUUCUUCAAAUGUAAUUAUGCUCAACUUAUUUGGAGGCAUUUCUGUAAUAAGAUUGGGCUUAAUCUAUUUGUUGAUGAUUGGAAUGAAUUGAUUAUGAAGCUGUGUAAUUUGUUUAAAAGGAAAUCUGUUGAGAAUCUGGUUAAUAAAUGUGUUUUUGCUAGUUGUGUUGCUCAUAUUUGGAAGGAGAGAAAUUCUAGACUCUUUAGUAACAGGAGGAAAUCGUAUGAGGGGGUGAUUGCUUUUAUUGAAAGUGAAAUACAUUUAAAGUUGUUGGGGCUGAGGAAAAAAGCUAAGUUGGUCAAUGAUAAAGUUUUUAAAGCCUGGGGUAUUUCUGGAAUGGAAAAAGUUUAA